CUCUUCCUUCAGCCAUACAUUUUGCUCUUUCUGUCUCUCUCUCUCUUCUCUCAAAACUCUAGUUAAAGAGACCGGACGGCGACCAGCUAUUUUCCGGCUAGCCGCCGCCGCCUACGGUGUCUCGCACCCCUCCCAGCUUUGAAGAACUAAAUUGAGGGCAGCAGGUUUAUAAUUUCCCUAAGAAGGGCAUGCAGCUAGGGUUUUUAAUGUAUUGGAUUGUCAAGUAUGUGGCACAACUGCAAUUCUUGCUUUGUUCCUUUAAUAGUGCUAAUAAUGCAUGAGAAAAACCAAGGCAAUUGUAUGAGAGCAAGCGGCAUGAUCAGAUUACGGUAAAAAUAGCUGCACUUCAGCUUCUCAAAUGGUUGAAGAGAUGGCAUCACUUCGAUCUACUGGACUUGUUGACCCUGGAUGGGACCAUGGUGUUGCUCAAGAUGAGAGGAAGAAGAAGGUCAGAUGCAAUUACUGCGGAAAAAUAGUCAGUGGAGGGAUAUACAGAUUGAAGCAACAUUUGGCUCGAGUUUCUGGAGAAGUAACAUACUGUGACAAGGCUCCAGAGGAUGUUUGCCUGAAAAUGAGAGAAAAUCUAGAAGGAUGUCGUUUUGGUAAGAAACCUAAACAAAUUGAAUAUGAUGAGCAAACAUACUUGAGUUUCCCGUCCAAUGAAGAUGUAGAGGAGGAAGAGCAUAUUGGGUAUAAAAGCAAAGGAAAACAGUUGAUGGGUGAUAAAGGUUUGGUCAUAAAUUUGGCCCCUCUUCGGUCUCUAGGAUAUGUGGAUCCAGGGUGGGAGCAUGGUGCUGCCCAAGAUGACAGGAAGAAAAAGGUGAAAUGCAAUUAUUGUGAAAAAAUAGUUAGUGGUGGUAUCAAUCGGUUUAAACAACAUCUAGCUAGAAUACCUGGAGAAGUUGCACCUUGUAAAAAUGCUCCUGAGGAAGUAUAUCUUAAAAUAAAAGAAAACAUGAAAUGGCAUCGCACUGGAAGGAGGCAUAGACGACUUGAUGCUAAGGAGAUAUCUGCUUUCUAUAUGAAUUCAGAUAAUGAAGACGAGGAGGAAGAACAGGAAGAAGAUACCCAUGUGAGCAAUGAAAGAUUGUUACUUGGAGAUAAAAGGCCAGGCAAAGACUCAAGGACUUUUAAAGGGAUGCCCUCUAGUAGUGGAUCUGAAUCAUUAAUGAAAAGACCACGAUUAGAUUCUUUGGUUCUAACAACACCAAAGAGUCAGAUGCCAACAUCUUACAAACAAGUGAAAUUAGGGUCUAGAAAGUCUCGCAAGGAAGUUAUGUCUGCAAUAUGCAAAUUCUUUUAUCAUGCAGGAGUUCCUUCAAAUGUGGCCAACUCCCCUUAUUUCCAUAAGAUGUUAGAGUUGGUUGGUCAAUAUGGACAGGAUCUGGUAGGACCUUCAAGUCGAUUGAUAUCUGGUAGGUUUUUGCAAGAUGAAACUGCAACAAUUAAAAGCUACUUGCACGAGUAUAAAGCUUCCUGGGCUGUUACUGGAUGUUCCAUCUUGGCAGAUAGUUGGAGAGAUACACAAGGUAGAAAAUUGAUCAAUUUUCUAGUUUCAUGCCCCCGUGGCAUAUAUUUUGUCAGAUCAGUUGAUGCGACUGAUAUCAUUGAAGAUGCCACAUGUUUAUUCAAGUUACUUGACAAAGUAGUAGAAGAUAUGGGUGAGGAACACAUUGUGCAGGUAAUCACAGAGAAUACUCCUUGUUACGAAGCUGCUGGAAAGAUGCUUGAAGAAAAGAGAAAAAAUUUGUUCUGGACACCUUGUGCUGCUUAUUGUAUUGAUCAGAUGCUUGAAGAUUUUGGUAAAAUAAAACUGGUUGGAGAGUGCAUUGAUAAAGGCCAAAAGAUUACUAAGUUCAUCUAUAAUCAAAUUGGGUUGUUAAAUCUCAUGAAAAAAGAGUUUACAGGGGGACAGGAGCUUCUGAGGCCAUCUUUUACCCAGUAUGCUUCGAGUUUUGCUACUCUACAAAGUUUAUUGGAUCACAGGAUUGGCCUUAAAAGAAUGUUUCAAUCAAAUAAAUGGCUUCUAUCACGCUUUUCAAAAUCUGAUGAUGGUAAGGAAGUGGAGAAGAUUGUGUUGAAUGCCACAUUUUGGAAAAAGGUUCAGUAUAUUAGAAAAUCAGUAGACCCCAUAAUGCUGGUGCUUCAAAAAGUUAAUGGUGAUGAGAACCUUUCAAUGCCAUAUAUCUACAAUGAUAUGUAUAGGGCAAAGCUCACAAUCAAAAGUAAUCACGGUGAUGAUGCAAGGAAGUAUGGACCUUUUUGGAGUGUAAUUGAUAGUCACUGGACUUCACUGUUCCACCACCCUCUAUAUCUAGCUGCUUUCUACUUGAAUCCGUCCUACCGUUAUCGUCCUGAUUUUGUUGCGCAUCCAGAUGUUGUACGUGGACUAAACUCUUGUCUUGUUCGAUUGGAGCCAGAUAGUGGAAGAAGGAUUUCUGCAUCUAUGCAGAUUUCUGAUUUCGGUUCUGCAAAAGCUGAUUUUGGAACUGACUUGGCAAUUAGCACUAGAUCAGAGCUUAAUCCAGCUGCAUGGUGGCAACAACAUGGGAUAAAUUGCUUGGAGCUGCAACGAAUUGCUGUACGUAUAUUGAGUCAGACUUGUUCGUCGUUUGGGUGUGAGCAUUCAUGGAGUACGUAUGAUCAAAAUCACAACCAAAGACGAAAUCGCAUAGCACAAAAAAGCCUAAAUGACUUUGUGUUUGUCCAUUACAACUUGAGACUUAGGGAACGCCAAACACGAAGAAGGUCUAAUGACUCGAUCACCGUUGAUGGUGUUCUGCAAGAAAGUUUACUAUAUGACUGGCUGGUUGAUGCCGAUAAACAAGUGUUGCCAGAUGAUGAGGAAAUGCUUUAUAGCGAAAUGGAACAAGGUGAUGCAUACGAAAAUGAAAUGAUUGAAUAUGAAGAUGGAAAUCCCCUGUGUGAGGGGAGAAAGGGAUCCCUGGAGAUGGUGAGUUUGGCUGUUGCCAACGUGCAACAACAACCUUUGGAUGUGAAUCCCCCUCAUAACACAGGCACUACUACUGAUGAUGAUGAUGCUGCUGAUCUCAAUUUUCUUGAUGAUGAUGAUUUGAGUGACUAGUAUAGUUAACUAACACGACCUAUAUAUAUAGCCUAGGUGAUGAAUACCAGUGAUGCUUUAAUUUAUAGUUGUUGAAUCAAUGUAGAAUACGCAAUGUAAAGCGGGAAGUCUUCUACUGAGAGAUGCCCUGUUUUCCCUUUUCUUUCUUUCUUUUUUUUUUUUUCUUUUUUUGAUCAGGCAAGCAGUUGUAUAUUGUCACGAAUUAACUAUAUGUUAUAGUAUCAGCUACAUAUGUGAUUAUUACUAUUAUGAUUCUAUAAUAAUAAUAAUAAUUAUUAUUAUACCA